AUGGACUCAGCUUUGGGCCUCAAGAUAAUGUGGACCUUGACAACUAUCACCCCUUUCUCCUCAGGACCACUCCCCAAGCCUACUCUCUGGGCCAAAGCUGACCUUGUGGUGGCCCCAGGGACCAACAGCACUCUGUGGUGCUCAAGACCCAGGCUGUCUUCUCUUAAGGAAGUGACUUUCACUCUGUGGAAGGCUGGGACGCCAGAGCCCUUACAGCAGCAGCCCUCAGCAGAUCUCUGGACUGACUUCUCCCUCCCCUUGGUGACACUCAGGGACACUGGGAGCUAUAGCUGUACUUACAAGGACAGGACAGCCUCUGGUAGAGAAUCAGUGCACAGUGAUGCCCUGGAGCUGGUGGUGCCAGGAUCUCUGCCCAAGCCUUCCCUCUCAGCCCUCCCAGGCCUGGUGGUGGAGCCUGGGCAGCAUGUGACUCUCCAGUGCAGGCUGCCCGCUCAGUCAGCACUACAGAGAGUAACAUUCACUCUGCUGAAGAUGGGCAGCCCUCAGCCCCUGCAGAGCCAGAGGCCAGUUGGAACCUCGGCUGUCUUCCCCCUCCUCUCUGUGAGGGCCCAGGAUUCUGGCAACUACACCUGUGUCUACUCUGAAAGAAUGGCUCCGUACCAGGUGUCGGAGCCCAGUGAUGCCCUAGAGAUCUGGGUGACAGAUGCACUGCCCAAGCCUUCCCUCUCAGCCUGGCCUGGUCUAGAGGUAACCUCGGGAACCAAUGUGACCCUCCUUUGCUGGGGACCCUCAUGGACACCUAGGUUUGCUCUGUACAAGGAGGGAGUUGAGGGAAUCCUGCACAGUAUGGAAGACCAUGAAGACCGGGGCAGGUUCUUCUUGACCCAUGUAACCUCCAAGGACUCUGGCAAUUACAGCUGCAUGUAUCAGUUGGGCACCAAUGAAAGUCUCUGGAAGCAGUCUAGUGAUGCCCUGGAGCUUCUAGUAAGAGAUUCAGAGCCAAGUAACAACCUCAUCAUCAUCCUCAACUGUGCUUCCUUUCUCUUCCUCCUCCUCCUCUGCCUUCUCUUGCUUGCACUACUGGGACUUUUGGAGGGAUACAUCCCUAGAAGCUGUUUUUGUUGCUCUUGUCUUCCUUGGAAUACCUGCAAGACCCAUCAUGCUGAGGCAACCAGAGAGGAAAGGCCAGAUGAAGAAGAGACCAGGGAAACAACAAGGGGAUCAUUGGGCUUUGUCUGCACUGCGAGUCCCGUGGUCGCCAAGGGAGCGGAUGUGACCCUCAGGUGCCAGGGCCAACUGGGGAGUGACAGGUUCCAGCUCUGGAAGGAUGGAGAGCUCAGAGAGGAGAGAAAUGACUCGUGGUCACAGGCAGACUUUGUGCUCAGGAAAGUAGAUGAUGAGAGAGAUGCCAGAAGCUACAGGUGCCGCUCUGGAAAGGGGCCCUUGUGGUCAGAGUACAGUGAACCCCUGGCCCUGAUGGUGACAGGAAAAACAGUGACCAUCUGGUGCCAAAUACCCGAACAAUCCCCCACUCAGGACUGCAGUUUUGCCCUGCUGGAUGCAAAGAGCCUGGAGCCCUUACUGCUACAGAUCCCUGCAGGGCUCAGGACUGAAUUUUCACUUCCAUCUGUGAGGGCCAAGGAUACUGGGAGCUACAGGUGUAUUUACUACAAGAAGACACCACCACACAGAGCAUCCCAUCCUAGCCCAGUGGUGGAGCUGACUGUGCUUGCAUUGACCUCAGGCACCCCUUUCUCCUCAGGACAACUACCCAGACCCACUCUGCGGGCCCAGCCGGGCCUUGUGGUGGCCCCAGGGACCAAUAUUACUCUCUGGUGCUCAAGGCCCAGGCUGGCUUCUCCUGAGAAGGUGAUAUACACUCUGUGGAAGAUGGGGAUCCAGAAGCCCUUACAAAACCAGACCUCAGCAGAUCUCUGGACUGACUUCUCCCUCCCUUCUGUCAGACCUGAGGACACUGGGAUCUACAGAUGUACUUACAAGGACAGGACAGCCUCUGGUACACAAUCAGAAUCCAGUGAGACCCUGGAGCUGGUGGUGAUAGGAUCUCUGCCCAAGCCUUCCCUCUCAGCCCUCCCAGGCCUGAUGGUGGAGCCUGGGAAGCAUGUGACUCUCCUGUGCAGGCAGACCCCUCAGUCAGCACUAUGGAAAGCAACAUUUACUCUGUUGAAGGUGGGCAGACCUCAGCCCCUGCAGAGCCAGAACACAUCUGGCACCUCAGCUGUCUUCCCCCUCCUCUCUGUGAAGCCCCAGGAUUCUGGCAACUACACCUGUGUCUACUAUGAAAGAAUGGCUCCAUACCAGGCAUCAGAGCCCAGUGAUGCCCUAGAGAUCUUGGUGACAGAUGCACUCCCCAAGCCUUCCCUCUCAGCCUGGCCUGGUCUACAAGUAGCCUCAGGGAGCAAUGUGACCCUCCUUUGCUGGGGACCCUCAUGGAUACCUAGGUUUGUUCUGUAUAAGGAGGGAGUUGAGAGAAUCCUGCACAGCAUGGAAGCCCAUGAAGACCGGGGUAGGUUCUCCUUGACCCAUGUAACCUUCAAGGACUCUGGCAAUUACAGCUGCAGCUAUCAGCUGGGCACCAAUGAAAGUCUCUGGAAGCAGUCUAGUGAUGCCCUGGAGCUUCUUGUAAGAGAAGUAAAAGAGCCAAGUAACAACCUCGCCAUCAUCCUUAGCUGUGCUUCCUUUCUCCUCCUCCUCCUCCUCUGCCUUCUCUUGCUUGCACUACUGGGAUCUUUGCAGAGAUACAUCUCUAGGAGCUAUUUUUGUUGCUCUUGUCUUCCUUGGAAUACCUGCAAGCCCCAUCAUGGUGAGGCAGCCAGAGAGGAAAAGCCAUAUAAAGAAGAGACCAGGGAGACAACAAGGGGACUAUUGAUCCCCAUUACUGAAGACCCACAGGGAAGGACUCAGCUAAACAUAAGGACCAUGAAUAAGAUGAAAACUGACAUCAGGAAUUCAUUCACAGAAACUGUGGUCUAUGACACAGUAGAAUGAGGGAUUGGACACUUUUCUCAAAGGAAUUGUCUCCCUUCUCUUCAUCCAUUUCUUCUACUCACCCUCACCCUUAUUUCAUCUGUUCCUUAAUGCAUCUUUCCCAAAAAUAAACAAUUCAAGUAUCAUGAAGACAAAAUCAGGAUAACACAAGAUUUAGCCAUUUCUACAUUAAAGGACUGGAAGACUUUGAAUAAGAUAUUUUGGAAAGCAAUGGAGGUAGGAUUAGAACCAAGGAUCACCAAACCCACAAAAGUGAUUAUAAUCCCUGAGUGGGGGAUGAAUAUUCAGUGAAAUAGAGGAUUUCCAAAUAUUCUUAGGGAAAAGAAAAGAUCUGAUUAGAAAGUUUGGCUUUCAGAUACAUUAUAAGAAAUGUACAAAGGUCAACAGGAAAAACAAAUCAAAAGGGACUUCCCAACAUUAAACGAUUACAUUCCUAAAUGGGAAAAUGGUAUUUCUGACUCAUAAGAACUUUCUCAUAUUAGGGAGGAUGUGUGUGGGGGGGGGGGGAGUAUACAGGAGAUAUAAGUUAUAUUACACACACACACACACACACACACGCACACACACACACAUAUAAACAGAAGGUAUUAGUUCAAUGUGAAGGGAUGAUAUCUAAAGAAACCGAACUUAAGGACGGAGAGAGGAACAUACAGGAACAAAAGGAAAGACAUAGAUAGAAUGAAGGAAAUUUUCUUAAGGAAAAGUGACAAGAAUAAACUUUUACAUGGAGGAGAAAAGUGAGGAAGAAGGAGUGACUGAACCUUACUCUCAUUAGAACUGGUUCAAAGAGGGAAUAACACACACACUCAGUUGAGUAUAGAAAUCUACCAUAUCCACAGGAAAUAGGAGAAGGCAAUAAGAAAAGAAAGGGAAAUGAUAAAAAGGAAGGCAGACUAGGGGAGGGUUAAUCAGACACAAAACAAUUUUGAGGAGGAAUAAGAUGAAAGGAGAAAGAAAAAAUAACAGGGGAGAUAUAGGUUAGAGAAAAAAUCCUGUUUGCAAAUAUAAUUGUAAAAAAAAUUUUCAAAGCAAUUUUCUCUAAUAAAAGUCUCAUAUCUCAAACAUAUAAAUAACUGAGUCAAAUUUAUAAAAAUAAAAGCAAUGCCUCAAUUAAUAACUGAUCAAAAGUAUGAACAGUUCAAAUGACAUAAUCAAAGCUAUCUAAUCAUAUGAAAAAAUGCUCUACCUCACUAUUGAAUGGAGAAAUUAAAAUUAAAACAAUUUUGAUGUACUCCCUCUUAUCUAUUAGAGUGACUAAUAGGACAGAAAAGGGAAAAGACAAGUGGUAGAGGGCAUGUGGGGAAAAUGAGAUGUUAAUGCCUUGUUGGCAGAACUGUGAAUUAAUUGAACCAUUCUAUUGAGUGAUUUGGAACUGUGUCCAAAAUGCUACAAAACCAUGCAUACCCUUUGAGCUGGCAAUUACACUUCUAGGUCUGUAUCUAAAAGAAGAAAACAAAAACAAAAGGACUUUUUAUAUCAGAUCUUUUUGGGGGGCAAAGAAUUAGAAAUUGAGGGGAUAUUCAUUAAUUAUGGAAUUGCUGAACAAAUUGAAGUAUGUGAUUUUGAUGAAAUACUAUUGUACUAUAAGAAAAUGGUAAGUAGGAUGCUGCCAGAAAAACCUGGAAAGACUUCUAUGAACUGAUGCAACAUGAAAUGUACUGUGUACAAAGUAACAGCAAUAAGAUGAGCAGAAGUGAAGGACAACUAUUCUCAACAAUAUGUUGAUACAAAACAACUCUGAAGGGUUUAUAAUGAAACUUGUUAUCCAUCCCCAGAAAAAGUGCUUGAGGUCUCUGAAUAGAAAAUAAAGAACUUUUUUUUUCUUUAUUUUCUGUGGGGCAUUUUUGGU